CGCCUCCCGCCGGCCCCGUUCUCCCACCUCCACCCCCCCCGUUGUACCCCCAAAACCGGACCCGACCCUGCUGCCCCCCCCUCCGGUUGUACCCCCCAAACCCGACCCGGCGUCUCUUCCCCCCCCCCCAACCCCCGCUUGUCCCUCCCAAACCGGACCCGACUGCGCUCCCGCCGCCCCCCGCCGUACCCCCAAAACCCCCCGCGGCCUCCCUGCCCCCUGCUGUACCCCCAAAACCAGACCUCACCCCGCGAGGGGGGUCCAAGGGCACCUUGGAGGCCACAGGGGAGCGGGGGCGGCCCCCCCCCGCCCUGGCGACCCCGCGGCCCCCGCUGCUGGCCCAGGCAACGUGGGGGUGCCCCGAGGUGACCCCGGAGCUGGCCAAACCCCCCCCGCACCCCGUGUCCUCCCCGCACCCCUCGGCCGGGCCCCGCCGGCUCCGCUUGACCGGGACGAAGCCGUUCAAAGUGGCGACCCCCGGGGAGCCUCUGAAGGCGACCAAAGGGCCCCUGAAGGCGACCGCGAGCGGGGCCGGGGGCAGCCGCCUCUCGUGGCCCGAGGGCGAGGGCAAGGGGCGGCCCAAAGCCGCGGGGGGCAAAGCGGGACCUGAGGCGGGGCCGCGGCCGCCGGGACGGGGUCGCUUCUCCCCGCACAAAGGCAAAAGCAAGACCCUGGAUUACAGCGACCUGCCCCCGGUAGCGGGGGGGCUGACUCCGGUCCCGGCUCCCGCUGCGGCCCCCGGUGCCGCCGGUACCGAGACGGGGCUCAAACGGGGGCGUGAAGGCGGCCGAGCCUCCACCCGCGACCGCAAGAUGCUCAAGUUCAUCAGCGGCAUCUUCGCCAAGAGCCCCGCGCCCCCCCCCGCGCCCCCCUGGGCCCCCCCCCAGGCUCUGGUCAACAGCCAGGAAUGGACCCUGGGUCGCUCCAUCCCUGAGAUCCGCUUGGGUGUCCUGGGCAGCAGCAGGAGUGGGAAGUCGGCACUUGUCCAUCGCUUCCUCACCGGCUCCUAUGUGGGCCUGGAGCCCACCGAGAGUGGCCAGUUCAAGCGCGAGGUGACGGUCGAUGGCCAGAGCCACCUCCUGCUCAUCCGGGAGGAAGGAGGAGCCCCGGACCCAGAGUUUGCCAGCUGGGCCGACGCCGUCAUCUUCGUGUUCAGCCUGGAGAGCGAAGGCAGCUUCCAGGAGGUGGUGAAGCUCCACGAGCUGCUCGUCACCCACCGGGGCGCCGCUGAGGUGGCCCUGGCGCUGGUGGGCACCCAGGACAAGAUCAGCUCCUCCAGCCCACGCGUGGUGGAGGACGCCCGCGCCCGCGCGCUCUGCGGGGACAUGAGGCGCUGCCUCUACUACGAGACCUGCGCCACGUACGGCCUCAACGUGGACAGGGUCUUCACUGAGGUGGCACAGAAGGUGGUGGCGCUGAGGAAGCAGCAGCAGCUCGUGGCCUCCUGCAAGUCCCUCCCCAGCUCCCCCAGCCACUCAGCUGCCUCCACCCCGCUCGGGGGCUCCCACCCUGGCCAGACCAGCAACGGCCACACCAGCGAUUACUCGUCCUCGCUGCCCUCCACCCCCAACGUCACCCACCGGGACCUGCGCAGCGACACCCCCGUGGUCCCCGGCACCCCCAGCUCCCUGCACCGCGGGGCCAAGCGCCGCACCAGCCUCUUCGCCACGCGCCGCGGCAGCGACUCGGACAAGCGGAGCCUGGAGGGCCCCAGCACCGCCCGCUCGGUGCCGGUGCCCAUCAAGCAGAGCUUCCUGCUGAAGCGCAGCGGCAACUCCCUCAACAAGGAGUGGAAGAAGAAAUAUGUGACCCUGAGCAGCAACGGGCUCCUGCUCUACCACCCGAGCGUGAAUGAUUACCUGCACAGCACCCAUGGGAAGGAGAUGGAUUUGCUCCGCACCACGGUCAAGGUCCCGGGGAAGCGCCCCCCCCGCGCGAUCUCCGCCUGCGGCCCCGCCCCCAGCGCCAACGGGCUCCUGCGAGACGAGGGGGGGGCCGUGGGGCUCAGCCUCCCCCCUGAGCCAGGGCUGAAGGUCCCGGGUAAGGGCGAGCGGUCCCUGCAGCGCUGUGCCUCCGCCUCCAGCGCCAGAGUCAGCUCCGAUGCCCCCUUCGAAGCCAUCUCCAGCCCCGGCAGCGCGGGCCGGGAGCCGCCGCCAUCGCCGCUCAUGGACAGGAAGAAGCACCGGAGGAAGAAGCUGAUGACACCGUCCAAGACGGAGGGCUCUGCCGGGCAGGCGGAAGAAGAGGAGAACUUCGAGUUCCUCAUCGUGUCCAGCACGGGGCAGACCUGGCACUUCGAGGCGAGCAGCUUCGAGGAGCGUGACGCCUGGGUGCAGGCCAUCGAGAGCCAGAUCCUGGCUAGCCUCCAGUGCUGCGAGAGCAGCAAGAACAAGGCGCGCAUGGACAGCCAGAGUGAGGCCGUGGCCAUCCAGGCCAUCCGCAAUGCCCGUGGCAACUCGUUCUGUGUGGACUGUGGGGCACCCAACCCAACCUGGGCCAGCCUGAACCUGGGCGCCCUGAUCUGCAUCGAGUGCUCGGGGAUCCACCGCAACCUGGGCACGCACCUCUCACGCGUGCGCUCGCUGGACCUGGACGAUUGGCCACGGGAGCUGACCCUCGUGCUGACCUCCAUCGGCAACGCCACCGCCAACAGCAUCUGGGAGAAGAGCCCGCAGGGCCGCAGCAAACCCACUCCCGAGUCCUCCCGGGAGGAGCGGGAGGCCUGGAUCCGGGCUAAGUACGAGCAGAAGCUGUUCCUGGCGCCGCUGCCGGAGGCCGAGGGGCCGCUGGGGGAGCAGCUCCUCCGCGCCGUGCAGGACAAGGACCUGGAGCUGGUGCUGCUGCUCCUGGCCCACAGCAAGAAGGAGCAGCUCAACGUCAGCACUGCAGAUGGGGACGGGCGCCCGGCGCUGCACGUGGCCUGUGACAUGGGGCUGGUGGUCAUCACCCAGCUGCUGCUCUGGCACGGAGCGGACGCGCGGGCCCGGGACGGCCGCGGGCACACGGCGCUGUUCUACGCGCGCCGCGCCGGCAGCCGGGAGUGCGCGGACAUCCUGGUGCAGCACGGCUGCCCCGGAGAGGGGCCCGGCGACAGCGCCGACAGCACCGACAGCGCCGGCGGCACCGGCCGCAGGAGCAGCUGCGGGCCCUGCGAGCCGCACACGGCACUGGUGUAGCCACGGCCCCCCCCGCUCCCCGGGCUGCGGGGGCCGCCACCAGCCCCCGGUGCCACCGGCCCCGGUUCGCUGUCCUGGGGCUCUAUUUAUUACACGGCUCCUGCCGGGAGCUCUCCCGGUCCUGUCCCUCUGCCCGUGCCAGGUCCCAGCACCCAGCGCUGGUGGCACCGUGGUCACCUCCCGGUGUCUCGGUGUGCGGCACCGAUGGGGACAGCGCUGGCCGUGUCACACCGCCCGUGUCACCCCAUUCACGUCAUCCUGCCUACGGCUCCCGGCUGACGUGGGUCCUGUCCCCCCCAUCCCACCUCUCCGUGGGUCCUCCACCCCAAGUCCCCUCCCCUGGCACCGGCACCGUGACAGGAGCAGCCCCGACCCCCUUUUCUACAGCCCCUUUUGUACAACCCCCCCCCCCGACUGUGCCCUGAGACCCCCCCCGAACCUGUGACCCCCCCAGCCCCCCUUUUGUCACCGUCCCCUUGGGAUCCUCUUUAAUUUAUUGCUUCGUUUCACCGUUGGGUGGUGCCAGGGGCACCCAUGGGCCUGGGGGCCCACCCAUGAGCCUGGAGGGGGCCCACCCCUUGGCCCCCACCCCUGGGACCCUCCCAUGAAUGUAGGGGUGCCCCUCGCUGUGACGCCCCGGCAGCGCCGGUGGGACUGAGCCAGGGCCCCGGGGCUUGGGGGGACCAGGGAGGUCAUGGCGUGCCAGGGCAUGUCGUGGCGUGUCAUGGCAUGCUGUGGCGUGCUGUGGCGUGUCAUGGCGUGUCAUGGCAUGCUGUGGCAUGCCUUGGCGUGCCGUGGCGUGUCAUGGCGUGUACAGCGUUUUCGGGUUGUAACUGUAAGUACGUAACAAUGUUGGAUUUGGCGCUGUGA